AUGGAGGUGAAUGUGGAAGCCAUCUUCCAUCCCCGUCGUCUAGAGAGAGCGGGAGAGAUGGCGUCGGUCGGCAUGGGAGGCUUCUAUCGCCAGAAGAAGAGAGGAGGAAUCGCCAAGCCCACCCUAAAGCGGAGUAGCACCGGCAAGUCCGCCGCCAUCGCCUUGUCCUUCACCGAUCCGGACCAAAGCCCCGUCCUCGGGGCUAUUGCGGAGCACGGGAAGACAGCGUCGGCGGCGGCAUUCGAGGAGGAGAGGCUGCGUCAGUUCGAUCUGGACAUGAGGUAUGGCCCCUGCCUGGGACUCAGCCGGAUGGAGCGGUGGGACCGGGCGGCCGCCAUGGGGCUGAACCCGCCGGGUGAUGUGGAAGCCAUCCUUCUGAAGUCGUCCGACGCCGCUGCCGAUUGCCACUGGGAGGGACGAAUCUAAUAAUUAACGAGCAAGUAAAAGAGAAAAACCCUCUUUCAAGAAGAGAAGCAUGUUGUGAAGAACAAGUUUGGUACCCUUGUGGUGAUACAGCCACUGGCUGUACUUCCUGUAGCUAUCUUUCAAAUGCAAUGAAGACUAUGAAUGGAAGUGAAGACUAUAUUUACGCAGAUUUCUUUGUUAGAUGAAUGCAAUUGGUUUGAUCUAAGUAAAUGCUUUACUACUUACUCUGAUCAGCACCUGCUUGUAACGAAACUUAAUGGUGGAUUUGAAUUGCAUGCAGAUAUCACAAAAACUGAAAGAAGAAGAAGAGAAAACUCAUGAGAUACAGUAAGCUGCAAUCUCUAAGCAAAAUACCAAUUACCAACAGAGAUCUUCCACCCUCAAAGAACCUGACGUAGCACAAGCAAAACUUUCUCGUCAAUGGGCCGAGCUCUGGUCGAGAAUUGACGCCCCCGUGUUUGACCCGCCCAAAUCACCACGUCGUGUCCGAUACUUUCUCAUCUCUCUUCGGCACACCCGUGUAUCGUACCGUAUUUUUAUGGGAUAACUACGAUGGGCCCCGCAAUGUUGUGAAUCGUCAACCAAUCGCGAUAAAACACGUUGUUGGAGAAGGGUAAACGAAGUUUUUUCUUUGUGAUGUUCUAGAUUUCUUCGACCUUUAACGGCACAGAAACGCUCCACGCCGCCCGCCAACGACCCGAGUGAUUUCUUCGACUUCUUUUUCUUCGUUUUUCCUGCCGUUGGUGCGUUUAUGACCCUACUUUUACUCCCCGAUCUCAUUCGAGGUGGAUUGCCUGCUGUUUGGAGAUCGAAGUUUGGCGGAGGAUGGAGAGGGAGCGGAAGGUGAAUCCGGGCUGCAUCAACGCCUCCAAUCCCUUCCAUGUGUGUGGGGAGUACUGCGUUCGACGAUCUCACGGAUCGAAUCCCCGAAGUCCCUUACUCGACUUAGCUGGCGCAGCAGCUCAAGUUGGGUAUAGACGUAAGGAGGAUCGAGGGAAUAUAGCGGCGGAAAGAAACGUGGCUCUUUCUUGCCCGAACGCGGCCAAUCCAUACCAUCAGUGUGGGGGGUACUGCUCUUCAAGAAACCCCACCGUGAACGGACAAAAGAAGGAGAAGAGAUCAGCUCAAAAUGGGGGGAUUCAUAAAGAGAAUCAAGGGUUUGCAAUUGUUGAAAAAAAUGUCAAUCCUUCAUGCCUGAAUUCAAGCAAUCCAUACCAUCGGUGUGCUGAGUAUUGCUCUCCAAGAAAAUCUUAGGAGGUGAAAAGUCAAAACAAGGAGAAGAGAUCAGUGGAAAAUGGUGUGAAGAUGCAGGAUAACAGGAUGGUCCAGAGAGAACAAAUCCACCAUAAUUGUGUAAAUGCAUCCAAUCCGUACCAUAAAUGUGUUGAAUACUGCUUUCAGAAAAUAAGUCAAUUGUCAUAGCUAGUGAAGGAAGAGAAAUUAUGUUCACUUCCUUUUGUUUCCUAUUCUUAGAUUCUAUCUUCUGAAAAAUUUGUUAGUUUUAUGAACCUUUUAUUUUGUUGUCAAUGUUUGCCUUAUGUCCUUGUAUUAACUUGCUUGCCUAAUAUAUGUACAAGAUAAGCAACUUCUCCUUAAAUUUCAA